AUUAUUAUUCACACUCUUUGAUUAUCUAAAUUCUUGAAUAUCUAAGGUUGGAAAAGCAAGUUUCUACCGAUUUGUUUUGGUAUGUUUACAACAACAAGAGACCAGCGAAGGCGAAAGCGGCAACGCUAACACCAGCGAAAGUGACUUUGGAAGCGGCGCUGUGAACAUUACCAGUUGGUGAGCUUCCAGCGGCGGAUGCACUCAUAUCCUUGAGAGAAAUGCUAGGACGCAUGCCUGAUGCACUUGCGCUCAUGGAAGCGCCGUUGGUAGCCAAUGCAGUGAGGGAGGGGAGUGCUGUUGCUACAAUAGGAGCAGCCAUGGAAGACUCGGCUGCGAUGCCUUCAAUAUCGCCAUUGGCAUUUGGAAGAAGAGCAGCGGGGAAACCAGGAACGACUUCCUGAGCUUCAUCACUGGCAGCUCCGGAAGGAGUAGCGGCAGGAGCGGCACCAGUGGAGACAGCGGAAGCAGAAGGCAUGUCUCCGUCUUCAGUAGCAUCCAUAUCAGCGGUCUGUGACACCUCGGCGGCGGCAGACUUUGAAGCAGUAGGAACAGCUUCGGCGUCAGAGCUCUCGACAGCUUCAUCAACAGGGGCGGCGGAAGCUUCUGGCUCAACAGCUGAAGCGCUGGGAGCUGCCUUUGAUGUUAAAGGUGCAGCCUCAUCGUCGUCAGUCUCGACGCUAGCGUCCUCAUCAACGUCAGUAUCAGCAUCGCCAUCAACGACUUCAGGAGCACCAGUCUUAACGGGCUCCAUAGCGCUGGCGGUUUCAGCAAGAUCGGUACCGGCGGCGGUUGGGACUGCGCUCAUUUCAUCAGAAACGGUUUUGUAUUCGACAACGGUUUGCCAGACAGUGGUGAUUUCCUCAGAGGAGGCCUUCAUGUCCUGGGCAUUGACUGUUGAAACAGGAUUUAGAAUAAUGAACUCGCAGGUCUCUCAUCUAGAGUUCUUCAUAUCUUAAGAGCGAGCUGGUGGUAGAAGAUAGACGAAGCAGGAUGAUUCUGGUUGUUGGGCCUUUUGAAUGUUUUCGUGUUGCGAAAUAUGGCUGAAAUGACGGUCCUGUUGAUGAUUUUUUUUUUUUGUUUCCGAAUGGCGUAUACUGAUGCGCAAACGCUCUAUGUUGUUUAGAUCACACAAAGAACAAGUCAGGAUGAAUUAAAAUUAAAAAUUUAGCUUCGAGUAUAAUUUUAUUCAUGGCCUUGGUAUUCUAAAUGCAGCCGAUAGCCACUCUUUAGAGAACAACACAAAC